UUUCUCUCUCUCUCGCUAGUCUCUGCGCGUGAAAAGCUCUCUCUUUUUUGGGUUUGGGUACACUCCAAAACGCUGCCAUGGUUUCUGUGCCGUCAGUUUAGAAAGUGGAGAGCGAAUGGGUUCGUGCGUCUCAGCUCACAGCAAGUCCAGCUCCUCCGCCGCGGCGAUCCCGCCUUCGCCCGUCAAGGAGAGGGCCGCCGCCGGCGAAGCUCCGGUCGGCAUCGGCGGCCUGCUCAAGUCUCAGUGGUCGCCCGGUCCUCGGUCAACGGCGAGCUUCAGAGAGUACGGCAGUAAAGAGGAUGUUUUCUUCGAUUCGAAGCCCUGGUUAGAGUCCGACUGUGAAGAUGAUUUUUUCAGUGUCAAUGGUGAUUUCACUCCUUCUCGUGGGAGUACUCCUUCCCGUGGAAACACUCCUAUCCACCCAUCCUUAUUCAGGGGAACACAAUUGGUUAAGAAUGCCCCUCAGGACAAAGCACCUGUCCUUGUUCCCGAGCCUUCCCCAACAAGUAAGAAAAAGAAACUCGCUGAACUUUUCCGAGAUAGCCUCAGGGAGCAAGAAGAUGUUGCCGAUCACGAUGCUUCGGCUCACAAAGCUAUGGCAGAAGCAAAGGCUGAAGCCAAGCCAACUAUACUCGAUGUUCUUCCGAUCUCUGAUCAAGGAACGCCUUCCAUCUCUAAGCCCACUUUCAUGUGUAGCGGCGAAAGGACUCCUAAUGGAGACCAUGUGAUGGAGGAGCAGAAACCAGUUAGAACCGUGACUUGUUGCCUCCCCAGAUUGUCUUCAUACGGCGGUUUUACUGAGAGGAAUAAGAAGAUGAGCUCUGCAAUAACCGUGCAUGAUUAAAAUGUUCAUCAGUUUGAGCUUUAUAUGGCGGAAGUCGGGAUCUCUUGUGCUGAGAGACUGUGUAUAGUCUAUAGAGGUCUUAAAUCUUGUGUGCAUGCUGCUAUCUUAUGCGAAAGCAUGUAUAUUGCAAACUGAGGCAACUGACUCGAGUAUUUGACUUAUAGCAAAUUUUCUUUUCACUUGUUCAUGUCUA